ACGAGCGAACAAUUGCUUUCUGCGAGAGGAAAUGCAUCUCAAUGAGUAAUAAAUGAGCAGAGCAGAACGUGACUUUUUUCGUUUCAGAUUCAGUUUAAGUGUGGCUAUUCUGCGAGGUUCAGUGUACGCCAUGGGCGGUUGUCGUUGUGACAGAACGGCAGAAAGUUAUGACCCCAAGACGAACAAGUGGUCGUGGAUCGCUCCCAUGAACACAGAGCGAUCCGAUGGAAGUGCGGCUGCACUGAAUGACAAAAUGUACGUCGCUGGUGGAUGUAGUGUUGGUGAUAUUCAAAACUCGGUGGAAGUUUAUGACCCGGACACCGACCUAUGGACGUUCGUUGCUCCAAUGCAUUCUGGACGUUGGCCUUUUUCUUGUGUCGAGUUCCACGGCUGUCUGUACGCCCUAGGAGGACACAACUUGACAUCAUCCAAGCUCAGUACCGAAAAGUACGUCCCUGCAGAAGACACGUGGACCAAGAUCCCUUACAUGAACUUCUAUGCAUAUAAACUCAACGCAGAAGUGAUCGACGAUAUGAUCUUCGUCAUCACUGGAUAUUAUGACAGGACCAAAUUCGUACCCCAAGUCGCAUGUUUCGAUGACAAGGAAAAUCGAUGGCACCAGGUGGCAGACUUGAAUGUUUGUAGAUACGGAAUUUCGACUUGUGUCAUCGAGAACCUACCAAAGGCAAGCGAUUACGCCUACAAGCACAGAGACAAAUUGAUAGUGGAGAAACGCAAAAGAACCUUAGAUUUAGAAAAUCAAUAGUUUUUGCGGUUGAUUACAACCACAGCGAACACUUUAAGUUAACUUAACAUGUUCGUUGAUUCUUUUACAUUUAGCGUCCUUUUUUGCGUUUUUCCUCCAUUAAUUUGUCUCUGUGCUUCACACUCCGUCCGUCUUAACCAACGGACGUUACACUCUUAAAAUUUGUAAUUCCGUAAACGGAACGAAUGAAUUAAAUACAACGAAGAAAAUUCAUUCCCUCUUGCAUUGUUAAUAUUAAGAGCAGGAACGAAUUAAAGGAUGAAAUAGCUAAAAUAUUAUUUUCGUACUUGUAGCAUCAGGAAAUUGUGCCUGACAACUGUUGUGUGCUUCAUGAAACUGCGUGCGAAAUUAACUUUAAAUAUCAACACUAGAUGGACUGUUCCAAACGGCGUUACACAAACAAGUGACGAAAAAGAAAGCCUACGAAGGGACUGCUUUAAACCAUCAGCUUUUUGGGGAUGACAGCGGCAAACUGAAAUUUCCUUGUACAAGAACAAAAUAUUUAGUUGUAAAACUGCUACUGUGUGAAAAAUUGAGCAUACGUAACUUGAGAUACCACAAUAGAUAUUGUUAGUUAAUUAGUUAGUUAGUUAAGUGUUCUUUGUCGAGAAUGUAAUCGAAACAACGAAUCGGGGUUAAAAUUACUGACAAACUAACUCUGUGAUGACAUGAGGAAAAUGCUGUUCAUAAAAUCUCAGUCACUCAAAGAAAACCAGGAAAACAUUUCACAACAGCAAGUUCUGUAAAAAUGAUAGAGGACCAUCACUCGGAAUGUCCAGAGUUCUCACCUAGGGCGUACAGACAGCCGUGGAACUCGACACAAGAAAAAGACCAACGUACAGAAUGCAUUGGAGCAACGAACGUCCAUCGGUCGGUGUCCGGGUCAUAAACUUCCAGCGAGUUUUGAAUAUUACCAACACUACAUCCACCAGCGACGUACAUUUUGUCUGUAAAAACAAAUUAUGACACGAACUGUACACAUAUUUGUUUUAGGGAGAGCCAUUAAACUGCUCCGUGCAGAGCACAGACAUGGGACAAUUCGUACUUAAAUUUGUAAAUCUAUUAAGUCCCCCUUCGAGUCACAGAAACUGGACGGACACGGCUGCCUCUGUUCAUUUGUUUCUUUCUUUCGAAUGCAGACAAUCAGCGUGUCAAAGGAAAUUAGUUUAACUGAUAAAAUUUAACAUAAACAGCAUAAUGUGCUUAAAUUAAUGCAUGAUGUAAAUGAAGGUAAGUUACGUCUUCUGUGAAACGAAUUUUAUUAAAUUUGGUAUCAGAGAUGUACGGAACGAGCUGCUAAAAGGUGCUCUACAUUUAUAAUAUAACGCGCUAAUUACGUGAGAUUAUUAACUGUUUCAAAAACAUUACAUCUGUAUUUUAUGAUAGCCAGUUUGAUAGUUUGAUGGUUGUUUGCAUUCACUCCUAGUGCACACUAAAAGGCAGAAGGCGACGCACAGGGACAGCUUACGAAAGCAGAAGAAUCCAUCACGCACUCAGAACUUCAAGCCGUUGAAGUCUGUGAAAUCACGUAGUCCGUGGCACGGAUAAAAGCAAUAGAUAAUGAAAGAAUAUGGGACAGUGGAGUGGGGGAAACUUAGAUCAAGAGCGAAGAGGAAUGCCUUGAUGAUGAAGGAAUUAAGUUCGUCUGAAACGUCGGCGGAUGUCAAACGACGGCCAUCUUCGUACUACCCACCGUGAGAACCUCAAAUCCUGCGAAUUUUUAUACACUACUCCGGUGAGUGGCCCAAGGACUUUCUGGAAGUAACAAUGAUUCCAUUACAGAAGAAAAAGAAUUCAAAGAAGUGCGGCGAUUACAGGACCAUCAGCCUAAUCUCACAUGUGGCGAAGAUAAUGACUAAAAGACUAGAAAAGAAGAUAGAGGAAGUGAUGGGAGACGACCAAUUUGGAUUCAGGAGAGGAAGAGGAAGCAGAGAUGCCAUCGGAGUUAUGAGAAUAAUUUCAGAGAGAGUUCUCGAUGUCAAGGAAGAAGUAUGUGCCUGCUUCAUCGACUGGAAGAAGGCUUUCGAUCGAGUAAAAUGGAAGAAAUUAAUGAGGAUCCUACAGAGAAUUGGAAUUGAUUGGAGAGAUAGAAGACUAAUC